AUGAUUGGGAACACUGUGAAUUAUAAGCACGCUGCUUGGAAAUUUGGAGUCAUCAAAUAUCAGAAUGUACAUUUCCUCUGUGUAGUCAAACCAGCCUUCAAACUCUGUGAAAACAGCAUUGCAAACUACCAAGGGCUCAAAUUUGAGCAAUACAUGACCUCCGGAAUUAACGAAACGUAUUUACCACCAGUAUCUAGUGUGGAGAAGUUUUUUGUGAUGAUAAGGCGAAAGCUUGGCAAUAUUCGAAUACUCUUCAGAAGUGAGGUCGAUUGCUUCGAUCACGCAGGUAGCAACCAAGCUGUUUGCUGUUUUUUCUGCCAGGACUCUGUUGAAUAG